AUGCUGCCAUCAAGGGCCGAUCCUCAACCGCUAGCUACAUCAGGUACUCUUCCUGCUUUGGUCACUGGAGAUGGUCGACGAAGCAGGGCUCUUCCAAGCAGCGCGACAUGGACUUCUUCUGUCGGGGACUUGGCCCUGGUGUCAGACACAGACGAGAUUCAGGACCGUCGAAUAUUUGUGCAGGACUACAAUCGGUUGGCCAAGAAACAUGGAAUUCGAGUAUUGGCGGUGGAUGGCUUCGAGGGAGGACGACAUACACUGCCAGCCAUUAUGACUGAGAAACGGAGGUGGUGGUCUCGAGUACUCCGCUCAACAUCAUCAGGGCAACCGCCUACCUCGCGAGGGGCACCCCACGGGGUCCGUCACAAGCGAAGCGUCAGCGACAUUGCCCUACAAUUGGUUCACUCUCGCAAACCUGAACCCAAGAUACUCGAUCUACAGGCCAUGGUUCGACUGAGUGGGAAGAGCCUUUUUCAUCUCCCUGCCGACUAUGCUAUUGGCUCGCUUGUCGUGCCGACUUGCUUCAGGGCAACUGCCCAAUACCUAGCUCAAUAUGGACCUGUUACACGCGGUGUAUUCCGCAUUCCCGGUUCACUGCGCGUUGUCAAUGCAAUAUUCGACUAUUACUGCUACGAAAAGCCUGGGGAAGAAGUCACAAGUACCAUACGUUGCCCUACUUUGCCAUCACAUAUCAAUGCCGGUGCACAAGACGUAGCUUCGGCUUUCAAAAAACUGCUAUCCGUACUCCCGGGUGGCAUCCUUGGCUCUCUCACCCUUUUCGACGCAUUGGUCGCGAUUCACAGUCAGCUUCGUGGGGAGCCAGAACUCAGCAGAACAAAAGAAUCAAAGCUUCGUGCUAGACUCAUUGCCAUGGCUAUUGGGACCAUCAAGUCUCACUUUCGUCGAGAGCUUAUUUGCGCUGUAUUUGGUCUUCUUUCCCUUAUUGGACGUGCUGCUGAGACAGCAGCUCGUGAAGAUGAGCAGGGCCGGCCACUUCCAACGUCAGAUUUGAUGGGAUACGCAGCUUUGGGGAUCGUAUUCGGUCCCCUCCUGGUCGGCGAUUUGCUCGACUCCUAUACAAUGAAGCUCGCAAACCCUUCUUCGGGCUUGCUGCUUUUCCCUCUCACCCCGCCGCGUUUGAAAAGGGAACGACAGCGAAAGAGCACUAUCCAAGACAAUACAGACUCCAUGUCUGUUGACAAAAUUCGCGUGGCAAACGACAUCACCGAGAUGCUCAUCUCAAAUUGGAGAGAAGUGGUGCGCAAUAUGAAAGGCUUAUCGAGUUUCCGGGGGCCAAAUGAAGAUCUGGAAAGCACGAGUCGUCGGAGAUUUCUUCGUUCAUCAAACUCCGACUCUCUGGCCGUCGGAUUGCCUAGAGGCUGGAGGAGCAAGCACUCUUCGCCACAAUCUUCCAUCAACCAGCAUAGGUCGAAAUCGCCCGUUACUCCAACACCAGCGCCUAAGGCUUUGGGUCUGACAUCGUCAAAGACUACAGGGAAUCUAGAUGAUUCGCUUCAUGUUGGAAGACUACGGCCGAAGUCUCUCCAGGUGCAAUCGGCUAACAGAAUACCUUUGCGCCAGUCCCUCAAUCCACUCUCUCCCACGGCGGAAGAAAGUCUAGCAGAUGAUCGAGACCUCAAGGAAAGAAAAGUAGGAUCGGACACAAAAGCUGUUUCACCACAUCCGCAAAAGCUGGUAAGAGAUCGAUCAAAUGACUCUGAGAACAGCAUAAAGCGAAGCGCCAUUAAAUCCCAUGCAGCUACUGCAGAGGGUCUGGCUGGUGACGUGGGUGAAUGUUCGAAGAAUCGGAGCUCGCUUGACGUAGCCCAGAAAUUGGCGGGACAUCGCGGGCAGCGUUCAAUAGGGAGUCCCCGUGUAUCGGAAGACGUCCCAGUCGAAAGAGACUCGGCGAAGGCAUCUCCAAAUCGACUGCCAUAUGCAAUUUCCGAGAAGGGCAUCUGGCCUGUACAAAGAAAUGUACCCAAUCCAGGGAACAAAUUCAUAAGGCAGUCGACGGACUGUAGGCCAAAGACAAGCGGGAUGGUCUCUUCGGCACUUCGUCGAUUCGUUGGAAGUGAUUCCAGUCGAACGUCAAGUUCCGGAAGCCCAACAGCUAGAACCUCAAAGACAAGACAUGCAUCGCCGGAUGCUGUAAGCCCAUGUACGCCCACUCCGCCCAACACAGACUCCAACACAACAACGACGUCAGAAUCUGUGUCGUAUCUGAAGUCUAAAGGCCGUGAUAUGGGCAGAGGCGCGAAUCGUAUCGAGAAAAACCUUGACAAGUCAAUCUCGGCCAAAGCGAACUUCAGAGAAAAUAGCUUCGACGGUAACCGGCUAGGUGGCAAGAAACCAGGUGGAGAUGUCCCGAGAUCGAACUCGCCUUCUCGGACUCCGCGUCAGAGCACAGAAUCAAAUGCUAGAUGCGAAAGCAAUGGCUCCAUUCAGGUCACUCCAAAGGAGUUCGCGAGCAAAAGUGCUUCACAGAUUCAGCCUCGACUCCCCGUCGCGAUCUCGCCAGAGGCGUUCUAG